GACGCGGAAACGGAACGGUGUCAAGUUAAUCUGACAGGCUUUGUCAUCUCUUUGGAAAGAGAGUGAUCGUGCGUCAUUGAGUGAGAGGUGGCCUUCUAACAAUCUGAGUCAUCAAUCAUCCUUUUGUGCGGUCCAUUCAAAAUGGCAAGCUUCACGGCUCAGGCUGCCAUCCGCUCAAAAUGGACUGAUUUGAUUGAAUCAUCCACACCCACCAUUGAUGUACCAGAGGAGGUUACAUCUGGUGUAAGGAAUGUUGUUGGGUGGCUUAAACAGGCUUCCUUAGAAGUCCGACAAGCUGGUAAACGUACUUUGAGCCAAUUAUCUACCACAAUGGGUGCUCAAAGUCAUUGUUUGACACUGCUACAUUUUAAUGAUGUUUACAACGUGGAGUCAAGACAGCAAGAACCUGUGGGAGGGGCAGCUCGAUUCUGCACUGCCAUAAAGUCGUUCUCUCAUUUGAAUCCCAUUGUUUUAUUUAGUGGAGACUGUUUUUCCCCCAGCAUGUUGAGUACUUACACCAAAGGAGAGCAAAUGAUUGAUGUUUUAAAUGAAUGUGGCAUUGAAUGUGCAGUUUUUGGAAACCAUGAAUUUGACUUUGGGCUAGAUGUCCUCUCUCAGUGGGUUGCCAGAACACACUUUCCCUGGCUGAUGUCAAAUGUCAUUGACAAUGAAACUGGCAGACCGUUGGGAGAUGGAAAAAUAACUCACGUGAUUGAGUGGAAUAACAAACGAAUUGGUUUGGUGGGCUUGGUAGAACACGAAUGGCUUGAUACCAUUGCUACUAUUAAUAUUGAGGAAAUUACGUUUAUUGAUUUUAUUGAGGCUGGAAGGCAACUUGCUUCCCAGCUUAAGCAUCAUGAGAAAUGCGACUAUGUCAUAGCUUUGACUCAUAUGCGCACACCAAAUGAUAGAAAGCUGGCUGAGAAUGUUGAAGAAAUUGACCUUAUUUUAGGAGGUCAUGAUCACGUUUAUGAAAUAUUCCAGGUAAAUGGAAGAUAUGUUAUUAAAAGUGGAACAGAUUUUCGUCAGUUUUCCAAGAUUACUUUAAAUUUUGAAGCUACUGGGGUAGUGUUAACCACAGAAGAAAUAAAUGUCACAUCUGCAUUUGCAGAAGAUGAAGUGGUUAAGGAAGGAUUGGAGAAAUAUAUAAGCCAAAUUGAGGGAAAGAUGGAAGAGGUUUUGGGAAGUUUCUCUGUUGAACUGGAUGGACGCUUUUCUAGUGUUCGGACUCAAGAAACCAACCUGGGUAAUUGGGUCUGUGAUGUUGUUCUUGCAGCAACUGGAGCAGAUCUAGUAAUGAUAAAUUCUGGAACAUUGCGUUCAGACACCGUUCACCCUCCUGGGGCGUUUACCCUUGGCACCCUGACUAGUAUUGUGCCUAUGAGAGAUCCUCUUGUAAUCUUGGAGGUAACAGGACAGGUUGUUCUGGCGGCCCUAGAAAAUUCAGUGUCAGCUUACCCUAAACUGGAAGGGCGGUUUCCUCAAGUGGCUGGAGUAUGCUUUGCAUUUGAUCCCUCUAAACCACCAGGAAGCCGGGUUGAUCCAGAAUUGGUUAGAAUUGGAGAUGAGUACUUACAACUCACACAAACAUACCAUCUGGCAACUAAAAUGUAUUUGCAUGGCGGCAGCGAUGGUUAUACCAUGUUAAAAGACGUUAAAGUUGUUAUGGACGAGGAGGAAUGCCCUGAAUUAGGUUUGGCAAUUCAAAAUCAUUUUCAAGCUAUCAAUAUGCGAAUGGGUAAAACUAAACGCCAUUCCAAACAUCGUCAGAGCCUGGUUACUCUUUCUCGAAGGCAUAGUUUGGUAAAAACGUUGGAUGGGGAAUUGGAUGGUCCUCCUCCUUUGAGACGUUCUAGUACUGUUGGAGAGCAUUCACAUCCUCCUCAUUCUCCGCACAUGACACACUCCCACACAGGCCAUGGUAUGUCUCAUGGACCAUCUCAUUCAGCCGGACAUGGUGCUGCUCAUGCCCAUCCUGAUAGAAGAUCACCAAGAAGCCAUCUGGUGCGAAGAGCUUCUUUAGAGGAUCUGGAGCAAGAGAGCUGUGAACUCAGUCCCAAAAUUGAAGGGAGAAUCGUUGUCUUAACUGAGGAGAAACGAAAAGAGAUGUUAUUGGAACGUCAACGGGUUGAAGCUGAUUCUGUCAUUGAGGAAGUGGAUGAUGAAUCUUCACCUCAGGGUAGUAUUGAUCGGAGUUGAAGAAAUUUCUAUCUAACCAACUAUUGUGGGGAAUUUCUGAGUAAUGGAAGAUUGUUUUUAUCUUUAUUAGUUACCAUCAUUAUUCCUUUGCAUGAACCGAUCUUAUUUUUAGGCAACAUCCCUGUUGCAUUAGGUUUUAACUUUGCAUGCAAAUUUGACAAUUUUCAGAUUUUAAUUCGUUACUUUCAAAUAAAUUUAACUCCCCCCGAGACAUAAAAGAGUUGCAAGGGAAAAUUAACAUUGCUAUAUCUUAAAAACAAACAAACUUGCUUCUGAUGAUUUCUUUGAAGGUACAUUAUGAUAUUAUAAACAGUUCUCAAUCUAUUAUACCAAAGUACAUUGAAGGAUUUUUUGUUUGGAGGUACUUUUUUUGCCUCAUAAUUGCCGUCAUAUUGACACUCAAUAUGUCAUUAAGUAUGAAUUGGUUAAAGUGCUAAUUUAUUUGGGAUUUGCUGUUAUUUGUGUUGAGGAUACUCGUCUUUCAAGUAUUACAAACGGUGGGAUCUCAAAAAAUUGCACCGUAAAUAAUGUGGGGGUUCGGUUUGGUCGUUACAUUUUCUUGUAUAGGCACUCGCCCAGUGAGAAAUUUUUUCCGACGACAUCGUUUCGACAUUUUUUUACGUCGUUUCGACUUAAAAGUGGUCCUGAAAUCGACGGCUUUUCGACAGUUGAUGUCGUUUCCAUGCCGUUUCGACGUUUCACUGUCGAAAAGCCGUCGUUUUCAUGACCACUUUUAAGUCGUAAUGACAUGAAAAACGAUGUCGAAACGAUGUCGUCGGAUAAAUUUCUCACUGGGUCAACAGAUACUGGAAAACAAGAGAGAAAAGUUUUAUUACGCAUCAAGAACUUUAGAAACUAUCCAUUGCACAGAAUCUCACUUACAGAUGCUUAUAAGCUACUGUGGUCAAUUACUUAUAGCACUUUUACUUCUUUGUUUUUUCAAAGAAUAUUUGCUACCCCUUAAUUAUUAAGAUACAAAAUAACAAUAUACUUAGGCAGUAAUUCUUUCAAAUCUUUUGAUAUCUUUUCUCUUGUGAAACUUUAUCGCACAUAGUGAUUUACCUAUCUUUUUUCAUACUGUGAUUCACUAUUUUGAUUUUAAUGUUCACAAGAAGGCUUAUCUCCUUGAAGACUUGCAUAUUUUUAUGCUUAUACUUGGUAGGUGUACACCCCUGUACCAAUUUUGUUUUGCAAGGAUAGGUUGGAACCAAACCCAGUACAAAAUCCUGUCAUUUUAUUAACUGAUACGUCCCACUUAUGGAGGUAUAUCCUAGAAAGAAGCUAAGUCAUCCCUUAAUCUGAAUCUCGCCAAUAUUUCUAAAUUUUGGGUUCCCAUAGAUUUUAGACAAAGCAUGCUCAUUGGAACAAAUUCUUAAUCACAAUCUGAUGUAUGAUGAGCAGUAAUGAUUGGAAUACCUUUUAAAAUGAUGUACAUAGUUUUACAUCAAGCACACACACGGUAUAACAAAUAUUUUUUUUAAAAAUAAACAACCAAUAGCUUAUUUUCUGUCCAGAAGGUGCCUUUUGAUACAGAUAAACUUAUGUUUUUAUGUAAUUCUGCAUCAAUUUAGGUAUUUUAUUUUGUAAAAUGAAAUAUUAUGGCCUUGUUAAAUGUGCUCAGUAUUUGUACAUUGUCUGAGAUGAGAUGAGGCCUACACAAUUCUAGUUGUUUUUUACACGUCUAUAAUGUUUCAGACGUACAAAUGUCUAUGUUAUAAGCUACCUUCCAAGCCAAGAGAAGUUAUGAAUUUGCUAUUUUUAUUGUUAGCUUCUUUAAGGCUAUGUGAUACUUGUAGUCAUCUGCUUUUUGAUUUAAAGCACAUUUAAUGGUUGUGUUUGAAUAGUACAAAUAUGAAUGUAUUAAGUUUCUUUUAUUCCAAUGAAACGCAACAUGUCAGUAUCA